AUGGCACCUUCUUCAAUAGCAUACUACUCUAGUAGUAGUCCUUGGGCUAAACCUCAAAUCCCUCACCACCCUUUCUCCUCUUCCUCCUCCUCUUGUUCAUCAUUAAUUGAUUUGGGCUUCCCCUCAAAGUCCACCAUGGGGUUGAAGAAGAAGCCCAUUAGAAAGGUUGAUUGUGCUCUACACUCUCCCUCAGUGUUCAAUUUCCCAAAACAACCCUACAACAAGAACCCUCUAAUUAGGAAAGAAAACACAGACACUCCCAAAAAGCCUCAGUGGAACCCAUUCCAAAAUGCCGCAGCAAAAGCACUUGACAUCUUCGAGAGCGCGUUGCUCUCACGCGAGCUCCAACAACCUCUCCCCAAAACCAUGGACCCACGUGUCCAAAUCGCCGGAAACUUCGCUCCGGUUCCUGAACAACCCGUCGUCCACUCCCUGCCCGUAACCGGAACAAUCCCAGACUGCGUUAACGGCGUUUACCUCCGUAACGGCGCCAACCCAAUGUUCCAACCUAUUGCAGGGCACCACCUCUUUGACGGCGACGGAAUGGUGCACGCCGUCAGCAUCAAUGACGGCGCCGCUGGCUACGCAUGCCGCUUCACCGAAACGGAGAGGCUCGUUCAGGAACGAGAGCUUGGCCGGCCGGUGUUCCCCAAGGCCAUCGGAGAGCUUCACGGCCACUCCGGCAUCGCAAGGCUCCUCCUCUUCUACGCAAGAGGACUAUUCGGCAUCGUCGACCACCGCCGCGGCGCCGGAGUGGCCAACGCCGGCCUCGUCUAUUUCAACGGCAAGCUCCUCGCCAUGUCGGAAGACGACCUCCCCUAUGAACUCAGAAUCACCAACUCCGGCGACCUUAGAACCAUUGGCCGUUACAGCUUCAACGACCAACUCAAUUCCACCAUGAUCGCGCACCCAAAGAUCGACCCUGUCUCCGGCGAGCUCUUCGCCUUGAGCUACGACGUCUCCAGGCCUUACCUGAAGUACUUUCACUUCUCGCCGGAAGGAAAAAAGUCGCCGGACGUCGAAAUCCGCUUGUCCGUUCCGACGAUGACGCACGACUUCGCCAUCACGGAGAAUUUCGUCGUGAUCCCCGAUCAGCAGGUUGUGUUCAAGCUCCAAGAGAUGAUCAAGGGUGGUUCUCCGGUGAUCUACGACGGCGAAAAGAAAUCGAGGUUCGGCGUUCUUCCCAAGUACGCAUCGAACUCAUCAAGCAUCGUGUGGGUGGAGUCGCCGGACACGUUCUGCUUCCACCUUUGGAACGCGUGGGAAGAACCCGAAACCGACGAGGUGGUGGUUAUAGGGUCGUGCAUGACGCCGCCGGAUUCGAUUUUCAACGAGAGCGAGGAGAGUCUAAAGAGCGUGUUAUCGGAGAUAAGGCUGAACUUGAAGACAGGGGAGUCCACGCGCCGUGCCGUGGUCCCGCAGUUGAACCUGGAAGCGGGGAUGGUGAACCGGAACCGGCUCGGGAGGAAGACCCGGUUCGCUUACCUUGCGGUUGCUGAACCGUGGCCAAAGGUUUCGGGUUUCGCAAAGGUGGACCUGUUGAGUGGGGAGGUGAAGAGGCACAGCUACGGUGAUAGAAAGUACGGUGGAGAACCCUUCUUCUUGCCGAGAGGAAACUGCUCAGAAUAUGAAGAAGAUGAUGGGUACAUUAUGGUGUUCGUGCAUGACGAGAUGACGUGGAAAUCAGAGCUUCAGAUUGUUAACGCCGUCGACAUGACGGUGGAAGCCACCGUGGAGCUGCCAUCCAGAGUGCCAUACGGUUUUCAUGGCACUUUUGUGGAAGCUAAGGAUUUGGCAUUACAAAGAAAUGACCAACUACACGUGGACUAUUGA